AUGGUCAAAGAUACUGAAACCGUCAUCUCGGAAUUCAACGAUCUCGUCAACAUGUCAGCCAACGAGCUAAGAGAUUGGCUGAAGCAAGAUCAGUCCAAGGAUGCAGGUUGGCAGGGAGAAUCUGGCGAGACCAUCGGCCACGAGAGCGGUCGCAAGAUCAUCGAUAUCCUCUCCCACAAUCCUAAAAAAGAACCCUCAAAGUAUCGAGAUGAGGAUAUCGAUCAUAUGCGUCGCGUUGUCGCGUAUAAUAAGCGACAUCUUGCGCAGGAGGAGAAGGCGAAGCAGGAUACUGACAGCAAGAGCUACAAGUCCCUGAAGAACUGGGGCCACGAUCCGCUGAAGGCGUGA